AUGGAAAAAUCAAGUGGUGCAGGCUCCUUCACCAGACGUGUUGUGUUGCUGAAGGACAGUGAUUGUGUUAAGCACAAUGGCAAAAUAAUCAUGCCAACAACCAUAGACAUGGCAAAAAUUAAAAAGCCACACACUGGACAGUAUAACAAAAAAGUUCUAUUUUCUAAAAGUAUGUCUGAGGAAGUGGUGAGGCAAACACUCCAGAAAGCAUUUCCUUUGUUCAACCUAACUGGAAGGUAAUGAUAAACAAUUUUUUUAUUAUUUUAUUUUUUAACUGUUAAUUCAGUUGUUGUUUCAGCGGGACAUACACUGAUAACUGAAUUCAAUUAUGACUGAUUAGUGGUUGACCUGUUUAAAUUGUUGAAGGAAAUUCUUUGAUUUGAUUAAUUUCUUAUUAUACAUAUACUGUAGAAAUUGAUGUGGUACUGGAUGUUAAAAUUCUUUGAGACGAGAAAAUUUAAUGUGGUUGAGAUUAGUGAAUGUCUAAUUUUUUACUUGAGACAACAAAUUUUUUCAAGUCAGUAAAACCAAAAGUUAUAUGUUUAAAAAUUUACGAAAGUAAUAGUGAUCUUAGUUUGUAGUUAAACAUAAUUUAUUUUGCACUGUGUCAUCAGGAGUCCAGUAGGAGAAUAUGGAUCAUUGCUUUUAAAUUGAUAUGCAUUUUUUAAUAUAUGGCUAGGUUUUAUUGCGCAUCCUUUGGCCAGGGAAGUACAGCUUUUAUUUUUCAUGGAAACCCUCGUGUUUGGGAUGGAAAAAUGCUUAAAAAAACAGUGAGGGGUAAUUCAGUUCUUUACAUUCUGUUGGAGGAUGAUCAGGUAUGU